AUGUCCAAGCUACUUUCCCGAUUCGGCGGCUCCAAGAAGGAUCUGACCAGUCAGGAGCUCAAGUGCGCCAUCCGCCUGCUAGACGAUGACGAUGUGCUGCACACUACUUUUCAGCGCGAACACAAGGGCCAGUAUCUACUUGAUUACGUCUUCAAGUCGUUGAACCUGCUGGAGAAGGACUACUUUGGCCUGCGCUACGUGGACGAGGGCAACGUCCAAACUCGAUACUGGCUCGAUCCGACGCGUUCGAUUGUGAAGCAGGUGAAGAGCCUGAAUCCGAUCAUCUUCUGCUUUCGCGUCAAGUUCUAUCCCGCAGAUCCGCAUCAGCUGAAGGAGGAGAUCUCCCGUUACUAUCUCUACCUGCAGCUUCGUCGAGACCUUCUCAACCGACGGCUCUACUGCCUGCCCGCCGAUGCCACCUACCUGAUUGCCUGCGUCAUUCAGUCUGAACUGGGCGACUACGACCCGGAGGAGCACAAGGGCAACUACAUCGCCGACCUGAAGCUGAUUCCCAGCCAGAAUGAGAAGAUCGAGAUGGAGGCCAUAGAGAUUCACCAGAAUGAGCUGCGCAACCAGACGCCGGCCGAGGCGGAGUUGCACUUUCUGGAGCGCGCCUCCAAGCUGGAGACCUACGGCAUUGACCCGCACCAGGUGAAGGACCAGCAGAAGAAUGCCCUUUUCAUUGGCAUUAACUACUCAGGCAUUCUGGCCUUUCAGAGCAACCGCAAGAAGAAAAACCUCAUCGGCUUUCGCUGCAACAACGCCGCCGCCUGCACCAACCUGUGGCGAUGUGCCGUCGAGCAGCGCUACUUCUUCACGAUGAACUCCUCGCUGGAGAUUCCCAGCGUCACCACCGGCGGCACGGGCUUCCUCUUUGCCAAGCAGUGCAAACUUCGAUACAGUGGACGUGUGGAACGGGAGAUUAUAGAGGACAUGAAGAAGGUGAACGCUUCCGGUGGUUCAUCCGCCGCCGGCAGCGUCUCGACGAUCAACCGCCGCCACUCGAUCAACUCUAACGUGCCACUGUCGAUGCGCUCCAUUGGCCGCUCGAACACCGCCCCACUGCCCAACAAUGAGUCGCCCGACUUUAACUCGAGCAUCUACCAGGACAAGAGUAAGCAUUUGUUGUUUGGUGUGUAA